UUCCUUCCUCUUGCACUAUCAUACGCCACAGUGAUAUCUGUGAUAAUACCCGGCGAUAUCUUCGGGUCCAGCUUACUGGAUGCGCCACGUAGUUUCAGGACGCGCGCUAAUCUUCGUGCGUUCAGUCCGGCGAAUCAGAGCGCUCGGUUAACCCGCAAGUGGCGCACACCACGUUCCAAAAGAGUGAACGGCGAGGGGGCGGAGGGGAAGUAAACGCCGGCGGCGUAGAGCGAACGGUUCCGAGCUGUCGCAACGGUACUUCAGUUCAGAGACACACGUUUCGCGGCUCGCGUAUGCUCACGAGAGCCAGUUCGUAGCCAGAUUCGGCCGGCAGCAGCUGCGGUACCAUUGCACUACGCGCAAGCGUGACUCGGAAUUUACAACAUGGCGGAGCGCAGGAAAAGCAGGAAGCGCAAAAACGAAAUAGCCAGUUUAGAGCCUAAGGUCGCUCCGGACAAACCAUCCAAGGAGGAAUACUCGGUGGCCAAAUGGAUCCGCAAUAAUGUACCAUCGAAAAAGACCAAAUUCGAUAGAGCUCACAAUGUCGAGUAUUUCACUGGGUCGCGGGCCGUCGAUGCCUUACUGGAAAAUUCACCCUGGAGCUCUGUAUUCGAGAACCGUAAACAAGUCUCCCAGUUCCUAGACCAGAUGUUGAGGCAUAAGUUCUUUCACCGAGCAAAGAAGGUGGUGAUAUCAGAGGAGGAACUCAAUAAGAUGCGAGGUAUCAAGAAGAAGACUAAAGAUCCAAAAGAUGAGAAGAAAGAAGAUAAGGAGAAGAAGGAAAAGGAGAGAGAGAAAGAAGAUUCCAAAGAGAGCAAAGACACAGUUGUGAUAAAGGAUGAAAAGGAUGAUGAGAGGGCUGACGAUCAAAAGAAAUCUAAGAAAAAGCCAAAAGUAAGACUAGAGAUGCACAUGGAGCAAUGCUUUGUAGACUGCAAUGAUGCAUAUGUGUGGAUAUAUGAGCCAAUACCAGUGUAUUACUGGUUCUUCGGCACACUUGUAGUCUUAGGAGCAACAGCAGUCUGCCUCUUCCCGCUGUGGCCGUUGACUAUCCGUCACGGAGUGUAUUAUCUGAGCAUUGCUGCUGCAGGAUUCCUUGUAUUUAUAUUAGCGUUGGCAAUUAUCAGAAUGAUUGUAUUCUGUCUUCUGUGGGUACCCACAUUAGGUAGAUGCCACCUGUGGCUACUGCCUAACUUAACGGCCGAUGUCGGCUUCUUCGCAUCUUUCUGGCCGUUAUAUCAGUAUGAUUAUUAUGGUUCUACGUCCAGUAGUGACAAAAAAGGUAGUAAAAAGAGAAAAAGAAAAGACAAAGAUUCAGAUUCUGAGGAUGCGGCGUUGAUUCAGUCGGAGGAGAAAUCCGAGGAAACGCAGGAGGAAACGCAGGAGUCACCCAAGGAGGAGACGCAAGUAGAGGAAUCAUUGUCCAACACGGAAAGAAAGGACUCGUGCGACUCUGUUGAGGCAGAGGAAGGUAGCGAAGAAGGUUCGGAGAGCGAGAAAUCGAACACGGGUCGAGACUUUGUUAUGGUUUAAGGUCGAGAGGAUGCUGGGUAAUAGACAGCUUCACGUUUGCUGAAAUAAGCAGCUCUUAAUUGUCGCAUUAAUAAUCACUAAGAUCGAUAUAUGCUUACGUUCGAACAUUAAUGUGCAAUUUUGAAAUUGUCGGGGAUAUUUCGGUGAGCGGAAGCGGUUUACAGUAAGAGCGUCAACAGAUCGCGUCAUCCUAGCGUAUUGAAAUAUCAGUCGACAGGCAAAUUUAACCCAUCAACCGCCGAAUAUUUAUUUGUUAUUCUAUUAUCUCGAUUACUCGAUAUCUCGUCUGAGCUAUCUAAUCGAAGAUAGAGAAAAUAAAAUUCGUUAAGGUCCAGCAGGUUGGCAGACCGUGGCAGUUGGAUGGAUCAUGAAAUUCGACCGUAGCAAAUUCUUCAGAUUUGUUGCAUUUGAAAGAAGAGAGGAUAUGUGCAGAUUCACGCAAAAUGGAAAGAAAUAUAGAGAUAAUAAUAUAAUACCGGAAACUCGAGUCUAAUUGGAUAUUACAUAUUUCUAUAUUCUAUACAGAGUUGCUUCGACUUGUACGUAUCUCCUUUUCUUUCUGUUGAUCUGCAAAAUCUCCGAGCCUUCGUAACAUUUUUAACGACUGCAUUUAAGUAUGUUUGCGAGCGAAUGGGAGAAAGGAAAAAAGGAAAGGUCGAUUGUAUGAUUCUCGGCGCAUGAGAUUAUAUCUUGCGGCGGCACGUGUUGUAAAGUACUGUCUGUAGAAAUACGAUUGUGACAAAGCGUGUUUUAUUCUACAUAUAUGUGUAAUACGAGGAGAAUCAUAUUACUUCUAGACGCGCAAGCGCGUUUUCUCGAGGGUACGUCAGUUUCCGUUGAAUAAAUUGCAAUACUCGUUCGAAAUCUUCGAUCUCUCAACAAGCUCAACCGGUGCAAGAGUGGGAGAGAAAAAGAAGAGCAUAGUUAUAGGUGAAAUCCAUCAUGUUCUCCCAUUUAUAUAUGAAUUUACGUCCCUCGGGGGAUAUCAAUUAGCUGGAAGAGUGAAAUCUUUACGGGUACAAACUUCGACGAUGUCUCCGUCGUUCGCCCUGUGUCUAGCGCGAGUUCCUUUUUAGCAGAGAGAUGAAUAAGUCCAACCUUACGAAGGAGUUUAUUCUCCGAUGUUUAAUAUGACAGAUUGUAAUUUAUAUUACGUGUAAUUUCCAAAUAAUACUUAGCGUUAUUUUUAUUUUAAUUCGACGACAUAACGUACGAACAUCUUUCGUGCCGAUGUGAAUAUGCCACAGCCCCCCCUUCCCCCCCCCCAUGAUUUUACUUGUAUUUCGAAAUAGAGAAUAAAAUAAAGCGUUAUCUAUA